AUGAUGAACUCGACCGCACGCCGCCUCCUGGGCAGGAGCGGGAGCGUCCCCCGCCUCACGAGCCGCAACUACUACACGCCGACGCGCCCGGCGCGGUUCCCGACCGCGCUCGCCCGCGCCGAACGCGCCUCGGACCUCAAGGCGCACCCGGAGGCCGCCGUCACGCAGGAGAAGUUGCCGGACAAGAAGGGCAAUCGGCACUGGACCGAGGACAAUGCCACCGUGAGCGAGGCGGAUAUCCGAGCCGACCGCGAAGCGCAGGAGAAGACGACGACGACGACGACGGCAGAAGGAUCUUCGAGUGCUGCGCAGGACAAGAAGGCCUGA